GCCUUGCAGAACCCGUGUUGUGUUUGUGAAUGUAUUUCCGGUGUGUUCUUCAUGGAGGAUUAAAUGGCGGCUGAUGAAAAGUGGUAUUUUACUAAAGAACAAUUAGCAAGUACACCAAGCACAAAAUGUGGUUACGAUGUGGACAGAGAAUUAUCGUGUCGCCAGCAAGCUGCUCACCUCAUCCAAGACAUGGGGCAGCGUCUACAAGUUUCUCAGCUUUGCAUCAAUACAGCAAUCGUGUACAUGCACCGAUUUUAUGUAUUCCAUUCAUUUACCCAAUUUCAUCUUGAUGCUAUGGCUGCUGCAUCACUCUUCCUUGCUGCCAAGGUAGAGGAGCAGCCUCGUAAACUAGAACAUGUAAUUAGAGUAAAACAAAUUUGUCUACAUAGAGAUCAACCAGCCCUAGAUGUUAAAUCCGAGCAAUACCUGGAACAAGCCCAGGAUUUAGUCUUUAAUGAAAAUGUCCUGCUUCAAACAUUGGGAUUUGAUGUUGCAAUUGAUCACCCUCACACAUAUGUUGUCCGCUGUUGCCACCUUGUGCGUGCCAGUAAAGAUCUUGCUCAGACAUCAUACUUCAUGGCUUCUAACAGUUUGCAUUUAACCACCAUGUGCCUUCAAUAUAAACCCACUGUUGUGGCUUGCUUUUGUAUUCACUUAGCCUGCAAAUGGUCUAAUUGGGAGAUUCCCCAAUCUAAUGAAGGAAGAUAUUGGUUUUACUAUGUGGACAGAACAGUAACUCAGGAAUUAUUAGAACAGUUAACUGAUGAAUUUCUUGUAAUUUUUGAGAAGUGCCCAUCAAGACUAAAGAAAAAAAUUAAGUCAGCCAACCAGAAUGCAUCCUCAUACCAAUUUGACAAAAUUUCUCAAAGAGAUGCUAUGCAUGAAGGAGUUAGCUUUCAUGCUCAUCAUAGACCACAAGACCCUAACAAACCUUCAUCAUCUCAAAUUCCUGUAUCUUCCAGUCAACGCUCUGACUCCCGUGAAUAUGACAAGCGGGAGAGAGAUCGACAAUUGGCUUCAUUGGGUUCACAUUCCCAACACAGGGAUGGUCAUCACCGAAGUAGUCAUCACAUGGGUCAUCCACAAUCCUCAUCUGCCCUUUUAAAGCCCCACGCUGGGGCUCCUGUUCCAAAUAAGAUGCCACAUCCUGGCCAGCAUCGAUCCUCUAUGUCUCAUCACCCACGGCCUGAUCACCAUGUCAGACCAGAGCAACCUCAAAGACCAGACCACCAAGUGAGGCCGGAGCAGCAACAGAGAGCAGACUAUCAGCAGAGGCAAGAGCGCCAGUCAAGACCAGAGCAUGGGGCUCGACCUGAACACCAUCCUCGAGGUGACCAACAAUUGAGACCUGAUCAGCCACGACCAGACCACCAUCCAGCCAGACCUGAUCAUCCAGCCCGAGUUGAUCAUCAAAAUCGACCUGAUCUCCAACUAAGAUCUGAACAUCACCCAAGACCAGACCACCAAAACCGUCCAGAUCAAAUCAGACCAGAUCAUCCUAGCAAUCAGACUCGAAGUGAACAUUCACAGAGGCCUGAUCCUGUAAGUAGGCCAGAUCAAACCAACCGUCAGGAGCAUUCUGGAAGAGUGGAACAUCAAGGUGGAAUGGAGAGGCAUGAUCGUCCUGAUGGCUCUGAAAGACUUGCUCAUCCUGAACAGAGGCAUAGCGGUGUGACUGCAGCUAGAGAUCAGCUUAGAAGGGAAGCAGCACUUCAAAGAGAGGCUUCUCGUCGUGAGGCUCUUCAUACCUUACCAUCCACCAUAAUGAAUCAUUCACCUGCUCAAAGGACAACAAGUGGUGAUAGUGCUAUAAGUUCCAGUAGUUCAACAUCUUUAACACCUUCUAACCAAGAGUGGUCUGGUUUUGGUGUUACUUCAGCGGCAACUACAGGGCCAUUACCUAUACCAUCAAAACAUGCUGCACCUUCAGACCCAAGUCAUAGACAUUCUACUGGCUAUGAAAAGCCAAAAUCUUCAAAUUCUGCAAUGGAUUCUUAUUCUAGGCACAGAAGUAGUUUACCUGCAAAUGAUCGCAGACCAAGUAGUGCAUCUGUGUCACUAGACAGGAAAAUGCUGCAAGAAACAGAAAGGCGUCAGCUGGAAUCAUUCUUUGGCAAAACAGGUCAAGCCCCACCAUAUAAAGAAGUGAAGAAAGAACCAGAGGCUAUUCAAAUGCCCCCUCAACCACCUGCUGUGCCUUCUGCCAUGCAUAUCAAGAGAGAGAAAGAAUCACCUAUUAGACAAACACUCAGUGUUGUACCUCCAGUGGCAGACAUGAUGUCACAACAACUGGGUGCACGUCAAAACAGUUACAAGACUGUUGCAAAUGAUUAUCCCAUUGUAAAGAGUAUAAAAUUGGACCCAGACUCUGAGUCCCUACCUGGCACACGGAAUGGGACCACUCUUUCUGCUCCCCUCAUACCUAAGGUAGAGAAAAUAGAAAUGGAUAUUAAAGAAGAGAAUUCAAUAUCAAGUAGACUUCCUAAUCAAAAUGACAAUGCCCAAACAUUGUCAAAUAGAAGUUUAGAUUCUAGACUUGCUCCACCAGUGCCUAAAGCAGAACAGAAGCCAGCACAUCAUUUGCUCAAUAGAAUGUCAAGUUAUCCUAAUAGUGAUAGUAAAGGUAUGCUUUAUCCUCAGACAACCAAUCUCAGUCAAAGUACUCAAAAUCAAGGAAGAAGCAACACAAGUCUUUCGGAUGAGCAGACUCAGCUACCUGCUUUGCUCGGGGAUGCGCGUCCUUUGGUGCCUGUGAAGAGUGUGGAAGUCAGAACAGCACUGCCAAUCACUCCAAUACAAGGAGAUCUGGGUGCUGUUGCUUUUCCUGCAUCAGAGUCAAAGGAUGUAGCCCUUGCUCCUGUUUCAGAUGAAGGCUUGUCCGCAGAUCAUCAUCACCAUAAAAGCAAAAAGAAGAAAGAAAAGAAAGAAAAGCACAAGCAUAAAGACAAGGACAAAGAGAAGCAUAGAGAAGAAAAGAAACACAAAAGUAAACACAAAGAGAAGGAUAAAGAAAAGCGCAAAGUUGAGACAGCUGCUGCUGAGGUGGUCCAAACCAGUCAGUCCAAGCCAGCACUCACUUUAAAAAUUAAUAAGGCUAAUAUAACACCACCUCCAGCUGCACCUGCUGUUGCCCCUUCUAGUGGUGGUUUGAAGCUGAAGAUAAAUUUGUCCCAGUUAUCGUCUACACCUAGUGGGUCAUCUAAAGAAUCGCGAAAGCGAGAACGCGAUAAAGCCAGCCCUGGGUUGGAAACUUCCCAUUCUAAAGCUCCCAAAAUGAGCUCAGAUGUUGAUACUCCUAAACGUGGCAGCCACAGUGGUACCAGCAAAAGCAGUAGCAGUAGUUAUGCCCGUCAAAAUGGUCUGGAGUCCCGUGGUGGGAGUCGUCAUCAUAUGCAACAUCCACAGCACUACAGUGGCAGCAAGAUGGUGAUGGAUGAUGGUUCGUCUGUGAAGCCCUCAGAGAUUAGCAAGAAUAGCUCCUCUCACUCUUCUACCUCAUAGGAAAAUUUAUUAAGUAAGUGAAUUUUAAGUGUUUUUUUCACAGGAUGAAACUGUGAAAAUGUGACAUGCUGUUUUUUCGACUUAUUUAGAAGAUUGUAAUGAAAACUUCAAGCAUUAUCCAAUACAGGUAGUUACUCUUGUACAUUUUUGUGAUAAAACUACUUGUUUGAACAUAAUUUCUCUGUACAUCAAUAAGCGAUUCAUUGUUAUUGUAAAUGUUUGGCAUUUAGUGACAGAUUCUUUAAUUUUUUAUUAAAUGAAGCUUUGCUAGCAGUUAAAGAAUGUUGAGUAACAUUUUCAGUACCCAAUUGUUUCAUAUACCAAAUAUUCUAAGAGGCAGAAAUUAUUGUUAUUAUAUGGCAAGUACUUGAAAGGGUGGCAGAUCUUAAAUGUUCAUUACAAAAGAAUUGUUGAUAAAAAUAAAUCAUGUGAAAUAUCCUUCUAUUGGAAGGAAUGUAGGUGUAUGGAAACAAAACCCCCAUCUGAAAUUUUGUCCAGCACCCCAAAAGUGUGUGUACACUUCUAGCUAAAUAAAUUUUACUGUUCGUAAUUCUUUGUUAGGUACGUUCAUUGAAAGGGCACAUUAUAGUGCACUGUUGGCUGAGACUGAUCAUUUUGUGAAGAUGUAGCAUCUGUGAAAACUUUUAUUUUCUAACAUUCAUAUUUGGCAUUUGGAAGGCUCUUUGACAUUUUAUAGGUAUAAGGUGCUGUAGUGAUCCUUGCAUUUUGUCUAACAUCCUCAUCAAUAGCCUGACUAUACCUUAGCUCUGUUCUGUUGUUACAUUGUGCCCUCCUUUCUCCUGUAUCUCCAUGAAGUCCUCGAGUUUGGAUUUGUUGAAUAUUGCUUUAAACUUGGAAAAUGUAGGGUCUGUGUACCAUUGUGCAUUGUUAAUGCAUAAAGGCCAUGAAAAAUGUUGCUACUUUUUCAUUUUUUAUUUUAUUUAUUUUUAUUUGAUAAGGUUGGGAGCAAGUGGCUACUGUUUAGUCACUGUAAGCUGUCAAUAAACAAGUUUGUUACAUUC